GCAUUAACCACAUUCCAGAGAGACGCAGUGCACCCUGUGUACUUCCUCGCAUUCCUUCUACAGAAACGAGUCCCGUGCGCUUAAUUUAAUACGGAGAUGUUUUGCCUCGGUUUGCCUGAACAUCUGUUGAGUUGCCCGGGAAUUCUUAGCACAAGUAUUUUGCUUGACUUGGGAUUUUACAACAACAAUGUUUGGAAAAACAAGCAAAAUCAACGGAAGAAAAUUCCUCCGCGGAGCGCGCCAUUGACUGUAAAGACCUUUCAACUUAACAAAAACUGAAAUUGACAAACGUCUCCUGUUGUUCAAACUUUGUUUAACGGGUGUAUCGCCGUAUCUUCGAAGGCGGGGGACAUGCAUUCUAAGGAGAUUGCAGACAAGACUUGUAGUUUUUGUGAAACAGCGGUAAUGGCUACACUGAGCCAGCGUUUUGUUGUGAUUUCCAUGUGAAAUGCAUUUUCUGCCAUCUCUUACUCGGUAGUUGGCUGGCCGAUUAGUGUACUCGCUCUCUGUCUCUGAACUUGUUAUCCUCUCGACAGCAAACCAUGGAUCACUAUGAGGAUGAUUUGGGACAUAGAGCUAGUAAAUUAAUGGAGGAUCUAUCGUUGUACGAACCGUAUCAAGAUGGAAUUUUUACUUCAAGAGAGGGAAUGGCAAUCAAUCCUGAUUUGGAUUUUCCGACUCCAGUGAUAACUGAACAGAAAAGUAAGCGAAUGAAUGGUAGCUCGGUGCCUCACCAACAGCUUCACUCUGUGGAAAAUUACAUGUCAGGGAAUAAAGUGUAUAACGCGGCUCCUGUGCGCUCUGUGAACGGUAAUCGAAACGUGCCUUUGGAUUUUUGUACCCCUCAAAGAGAUGCUGGAUACAUUGAAGAUGGCUAUUGCACCAAAUCAGAAGUUGCGCUCCCGUGCUACAGUGGAGGAGCGUCAGAGCGACACAGGAGAUACUCCUUGGAGGUACAGGGACACAGGUACAGCACCGGCUGCGCGUAUGAUGGUGUUGUGUUGAAUAAGCAAGUGCCAUUAUCGGGUAGUAGAAGCAAUAGUGUCUGUGUUGGCACUAACCACGACGGCAGGUACAAUGCAACCAGCCCACGGUCCAGUUUAGCCUCGUCUUUGUCCUCUCAGGAGCAAAGUAAACAUUCAAGCCCGAGAUCGAGUGUCAGCAGUCCUCGGACAAGUUUAGUGGUACCUGGACAGGACAAGUAUACUAGUCCCCGAUCAAGUCUGGUGCACUGUGAUGGGUCGAGUGCGCUUAGCCCCCGGUCUAGCUAUGCAAGCACAGCCAGCGACACAAGUAAACAUUCCAGCCCGAGGGCCAGUCUGAACAGCUAUGACUGUGGUAGUAAACCAAGUAGCAACCGCACUAGUGGUAUUAGUAUGGGGUAUGAUCAGAGACAUAUUAGCCCGAGGUCGAGCACGGCAAGCCAAUACAGCACCACAAGUCCUCGGUCUAGUUAUUCUGACUCUAGAUAUAUGCCCCCAACUAACCACGACCUGGAGGCUGCAGUGGUGCACGGCAUGCCUGUAGCCAGCCCUCGCUCGAGCAUCUGCAGCCAGGAAGGAAAUGUAAGACCUGGCGUAGCGGCUAACUGCGUCGUGAGCCCUCGCUCCAGCAUCUCCAGUCACAGCUCGAGAAGUUCCCGCAGCUCAAGGGGAUCUAUGAGCACGUACCCAGAACUUCAGCUUCCCUCGCCAAGGUCUUCAAUGCUGGGACCUGGUUUACAGGAGGACGCGUUGAUUGAGGACUUUGGGGACACGAAUGGCCUCCAAAACCGAGUGCAUCUUCAAACAUUCCCAGUAAUUCAAGAGCCACAACAACAGUCCCAACAGCUGUCAACGCAGCUUGGAAUUAACACUGAUGUGAGCACUGGCCAACCAACAUCUUUUAAUUACAGCAUAACCUCUAAAAGUCAACCUGCAGGACAAAGGUUUAAGUUGCCUUACCAGGUCACCCCAUGUCGGGACAGUGGACCAAGUCAAGCCGAGAGGCGGCUUGAGGCGCUCACCUUGGAGCUGGAAAAGGAACUAGAGAUGCACAUGAAAAAAGAAUAUUUUGGUAUCUGCAUCAAAUGUGGGAAGGGGGUGUACGGAGCCAGCCAGGCCUGCCAGGCCAUGGGCAACCUCUACCACACCAACUGCUUCACCUGCUGCUCUUGUGGGAGAAGACUAAGGGGGAAAGCCUUCUACAAUGUCAACGGGAAGGUCUACUGUGAGGAGGACUUUUUGUACUCUGGCUUCCAACAGACAGCAGAGAAAUGCUUUGUGUGUGGUCACCUCAUCAUGGAGAUGAUCUUGCAGGCACUGGGCAAGUCCUACCACCCCGGCUGUUUCCGCUGUGUGGUCUGCAAAGAGGGCCUGGAUGGUGUGCCAUUCACAGUGGACGUAGAGAAUAACAUCUACUGCGUGAAGGACUACCACACGGUUUUUGCACCCAAAUGUGCCUCCUGUAAUCAGCCCAUCCUGCCUGCUGAGGGCUCUGAGGAGACCAUUCGUGUUGUAUCAAUGGACAAGGACUACCAUGUGGAGUGUUAUCACUGUGAGGACUGUGGGCUCCAGCUGAAUGAUGAGGAGGGCCAUCGCUGUUACCCUCUGGAGGGUCACCUGCUGUGUCACGGGUGCCACAUCCACCGGCUGAAGGCCCAGCCGCCCGCACACGCACACCCUCCCCCCAGCUACCCCCUGCACGUCACGGAGCUAUGAGCUGCCCCGGGGCUCCAGCACCAGCACCAGCACCAGCCCAGCACACAGCAGAGGUGGAGAGAGAUGGAGAGAGAUGGAGAGAGAUGGAGAGAGAUGGAGAGAGAUGGAGAGAGGUGGAGAGAGAUGGAGAGAUGCCAAGCACUGAGAGGGACGAAUGAACUAUUUGAGCAACCAUUUUCCCCACCUUGUGGAGAAUAGGAGUGGACACACAGUCCUAAUUUCAACACACACACACACACACACACAUAUAUAUAUGUAGACAUAUAAAUAUGUAUAUAUAUAUAUAUAGUCUCACAUGCACAAAAGCUCCCUCCACGAAUGAGGAAUGAGAAUGAGGCUCUCCCACCCAAGCAGGCCUUGGCAGCCCCCCUCUCCCCCCACUGUGACCUUACGUCCCCUGCCGCAGCACUGGGGCUGGAGUCCCAUGUCCCUCCCAGAACAUCCUCUCCUCCGCGCUCGCUUGGCCCUGGAGACGCUGAGCAAGAGGCCCCCCAGCGCCUGUAGAGGCCAGGCCUGACGUCAGCACUGUGACCCCACGAGCAGAGCUCUGGCAGGGGACGGACGAGGGGGGGGGGGGGGGGGGGGAUGUGCCUCCUCUUUUUGUCCCCCCCUCCCCUUGCCCAUUCCUGCCUGCUGACUGAAGACAUGCGCCACCAUGCCACCCAGAGACACCCCAGCCGCCCGCGAAACCCCCGAAGCAACGAUGUCCGGCACGCUGGCAUCGUACGUAGCCCACUGUGGGCAGAGGGAGAAAGAGAGAGAAAAGAGGGGGAGAGAGAGAGAGAGAGAAACGGAGGGAGAGAAGUGGACAUGCUGUGCCUUCCGAGUGGCCUUUUCAUACACACACAACCCCGCACUUACUGCAGCGCCCCCCUGAGCCUGGGCCACACACACACACACACACACACACACACACACACCAGCCGCUGUAGCUCUGCUGGACUUGGUGGCAUUCAUUCAUCCUUUCAUUCAUUCCACAUAGCUGUGAUUCUGAAGUGUCCUGUGGCCUUCGGAGAUGUACAAGCUGUGUCUUAACUAUACCACAAAACUUAGGUGCACAUAGAUGGUCUAUUAUAUAUAUAACUAUAUAUAUAUUGCAGACUUUUUCCACGUAAAGGACUUAGAAGUGUAAUUUUUCGUCUCUUUUUGCCUUUUGGAAGUGCUCAUGUAUUGGCUGGAGUGCCUCAUUCCGGUCUUCAGUGCCAUUCCUGCUCCCGUGGAUCACAGCUCCUGGAGCCCCUCCAUGUGAUCCCCGAUUCGCAUGAUCCGCCGGCCCUCAGAGACUGGUGCUCUUAAUACGUUCCAGACACUGGUUUGUCCAAGCAAAGAGUGAGGGGUCCGGGGGAACACAGGAAGAGGAGAGAGAGAGAGAGAGAGAGAAAGAAAGAACUCUUCUGGUCCCUCCCUCUGCCCCUGUAAUGCCUUAAAGCAGAUCGGUGCAUAUGGCCGUGCAGGGAUGCACGCUCACGUUCACGUUGCCUCUGGUGGGAGCCUGGCCGCACUGUUAGCCAUAGGCUAGUGACGGAUGAGCCUGGCCGCACUGUUAGCCAUAGGCUAGUGACGGAUGAGCCUGGCCGCACUGUUAGCCAUAGGCUAGUGACGGAUGAGCCUGGCCGCACUGUUAGCCAUAGGCUAGUGACGGAUGAGCCUGGCCGCACUGUUAGCCGUAGGCUAGUGACGGAUGAGCCUGGCCGCACUGUUAGCCGUAGGCUAGUGACGGAUGAGCCUGGCCGCACUGUUAGCCAUAGGCUAGUGACGGAUGAGCCUGGCCGCACUGUUAGCCGUAGGCUAGUGACGGAUGAGCCUGGCCGCACUGUUAGCCGUAGGCUAGUGACGGAUGAGCCUGGCCGCACUGUUAGCCGUAGGCUAGUGACGGAUGAAAGGUUGCCCUCGCAUGGAGGUCUGGGAGAGCUGGUCUAGCCCAGUUCCUCUGAGGGGGAUGUCCCUUAGCUGUCUCUUAUGUCUGGGUGGGUGGGGAUGCCCGUGGCUGGACCACGGCACAGGCCCACCUAUGUCCGUCUAUGUGUGUGUUUUAGUUUGUGUCUGUCUUAAUGUGUGUGCGUGUGUGUUUGUUAGCGAUGUGUAUGUUAAUGUGUGUGUGUGUGUGUGUGUGUGUGUGUGUGUGUGUUGCCAUCAGCAGUGCCACCAUAAGGUCUGGUCUGGUAAUAGAAGCAGCUAUGUCCAGUCUGCUGGGAAGUUUCUCUCUAAAACUACUGAAUUGAACAGAGGACUGACUUCACAUCAUGGUGAUGGAAACAGACAGGACAGGAGAGGACAGGCAGAAGGACUAUUCGUGUUUCUCCCAAUUUGACCCAAUAUUCAAUGAGAUUAUUUUACAUGCAAUGAAUAGUUGUUUGGCAAACUGAGCAAUUUUGUGUAAUAUAUGCAUUUCUAUUAACUUAACUCACACUCAUCACCCAUUCAUGGGUUAUACUGAAGCUCACCAUACCAUCAGCUCCAAGAGGUGAUAUGGUCUUGCACUUGGAUAAUAGUGAGAUUUUUUGAGAUUUAGUCAAAAGCACAACCAACAUUCCCCAUCCCUGUGUACUCAGCCUCAAAGAACAUUCACAAGAAUCUGAGCAGUGCUUCUGAAGAUAUUUUCACCCUGCUCAAAGAUGAAAAGAAGUCUUAAUAUACUUUUUAAAAACAAUUGUACUACUAUUGCAUAGCACACAGGUAGUUUCCCUGUACAUAGAGCAGCUAGUUUUGUUUCAUGCUCCAUCAAGUAAUUCCAAUGAAAAGUAGCUCAAUUUAUUUCUCCUGUCAUAGUAGAUCUCCAAAAGCACAUCUGACAUCUGUUGUAUCACUUUUUGUAUCGUUUAAUAAUUGAUUGCCUAGAUGUUUCAUGAACAAAAAGGAAAGUAGAUUUAUUUAUCUAAACAUGAAAAGUCUAAAGUUAUUUAAUGUAUUAAAAGUUGGGACGUAUCAUUUAACCGUAGAUGAUAUAAUCUGCUUUUUCAAUAAAGUGGUUUUGUAGUUAACUUAAGAGCGAGUGAUGCCUUCU